AUGAGAAGUUUUAUAGAGACAUGGUUUAAAAAGUUUAUUUGGUUGGAAUAUAGUGUAGAGAAAGAUGUUGCAUUCUGUUUGUAUUGUUAUCUGUUUGCAAGUCCAGGUUCAAAGAGUGAAACUUUUACAAGAAAAGGAUUUAGCAAUUGGAAAAAGGCAACAAAAAAUUUUAAUGACCAUGUUGGUGCAGUAAGCAGUGUUCACAAUGACGCAAGACGUCAUUGUGAGGAUUUUCAGAAUCAACGCCAAAGCAUUUCACAUGUUUUGACCACUCAAAGUCGUGAAAUGGAAAAUGCUUAUCGUACUCGUUUGACAACAGUGUUAGAAGUUGUUCGCAUUCUUGUUUGGCAAGGUUUAGCAUUCCGUGGUCAUGAUGAGACUCUUGAAUCUUUACAAAGGGGGAAUUUUCUUGAGGUAGUGGCAUGGUAUGCCAAGAUGGAUGAAACAGUCAGAAAUGUCAUCGGUGGUAAUGCUCCUGGGAAUAACCAACUGACAUCUCCCAAGAUUCAAAAAGAAUUAGUUAGUUCUUGUGCCUCACAAGUAACAUUAGCCAUUCUUACUGAACUUGGAGAUAGGAAAUUCUCUUUACUAGUGGACGAGGCUCGGGAUUGUUCUGUAAAAGAACAAAUGGCAGUGAUGAUAAGGUUUGUGAAUAAGAAAGGUGAAAUAAUCGGGAGGUUUCUCGCCAUUGAGCAUGUUAGUGACACUUCAUCGCGUUCUUUAAAAGCGGCUGUGGAUAUGUUGUUUGCUCGGCAUAAUUUAUCUAUUUCUAGAUUGCGAGGUCAAGCAUAUGAUGGAGCAUCCAACAUGAGGGGAGAGUUUAAUGGGCUUAAGGCACUUAUUCAACGAGAAAAUCCUUUUGCUUUCUAUGUCCAUUGUUUUGCUCAUCAACUGCAGUUGGUGAUUGUUGCUAUUUCAAAACAUAUUCCGGUUGUUGCUGAAUUUUUUACUAACAUCAAUAUGAUUGUUACUAUUGCUGGUGCUUCUUGCAAAAGAAGAGAUGAAUUAAACAAACAUAGGGAUGCUGACAUUUUUGAGAAAUUAGAGACUGGUGAGCUUACUACAGGAAAAGGGCUUAAUCAACAGACUAAUCUUGCAAGACCUAGUGAUACUCGUUGGGGUACAGAUCAUGUCACUUUAGCCCGUUUGUUGUCUAUGUGGAGUUCAGCCUUAUAUGUGCUUGAAAGGGUUUAUGAAGAUGGAAUUGAACCAGAGUCGAGGGGCAAAGCAAGUGCCUUGAUUAAACUGAUGGAAGACUUUCACUUUGUAUUUAUUCUGCAUCUAAUGCUUAAAUUAUUGGGUAUAACAAAUGCAUUGUCGCUUGCCUUGCAACAGAAAGAUCAGAAUAUUGUUAAUGCGAUGAACUUGAUAGAAGUUUUGAAAGUAAAGCUACAAAACUUGAGAGACAGUGGAUGGGAUGCUUUGAUACAUGAAGUCACCAUGUUUUGUAACAAGCAUGGCAUUGUAGUGCCAGAUAUGGAAGAUCAGUUUCUUAUUCCAGGACGGUCACGUCGUGCAAGGAACUUGGUAACUUGUUAUCAUCAUCAUCAUAAUGAGGUUUUUCUUCCUGUGAUUGAUUUGCUUGCUGUUGAGAUGAAUAAUAGUUGUGAAGAUCUUUCUGUCCUAGCAAUUAAGAUGGUUCAAACUGGUAGACAUUUAGUGUUUCCAUUGGUUUAUCGUUUGAUUGAGUUGGCUUUGAUCUUACCGGUAGCUACCGCAUCUGUUGAGAGAGCUUUUUCUGCAAUGAAGCACAUCAAGUCAGAUUUACGGAACAGCAUGGCAGAUGAGUGGUUGAAUGAUUUAAUGAUUUGCUUCAUUGAGAGGGCGAUAUUUGCUUCCAUCGAUAAUGAAGACAUUUUACAGCAUUUUCAAAACAAAGAAAACCGGCGAACUCAACUUCCACCUCUUGCCCUUUCUAAUUCUUAG